AGGUUAGGAGUGAAGAAAUUUGACAAGGGAGUUCAUCAAACUAUCAGCUAUCAUCAACUAUCAUCAGUUAUCAACAACUAUCAAGCUCAAUGGCCUCUGCACCUCUGGUUACGCCGCCGGCAGCACCACCACCAAGACUGCCGAAGACCCAGCUGCACUACGGGUCCACCAACAAUCCACCGAUAACGAAGAAGCACAUAGUGAGCGUUCUCCGGUUUGGGAAGAGGAGUUGGGCCACAGACAAGUUCUUGUGCCCACAAUGCUAUCUGCAGCCGAGUGGUCCGGUCACCACUGAGUUCUGGUGGAAGGGUGAAGCUCAUCUUGGUGUCGGGGACCACUCUAUGCGCGAGGCUACACGCUACAUCGAACAUCUGCAGUUUGAUCAUCACACCGGCGUUUCCAGUCCAACAGUGCUAUUUCUUGACCACCAACUGAGAGAUUUGGCCUAUGCCCAGUGGCAAAGGGCUGUAAGGUUUCCCCCCAUUGUUGCACGGGGGCCACCAGGGCCACCAGGUGUUGAUGGUUUGGAUGGGAUUGAUGGCAUGGAUGGUGUGGAUGGUAGGGCAGGGGUAGACGGGGUGAAUGGUGUGGAUGGUGUGGAUGGGAUUGAUGGCGUGGAUGGUGUGGAUGGUAGGGCAGGGGUAGACGGGGUGAAUGGUGUGGACGGGGUGAACGGUGUGGAUGGUAGGCCAGGUGUGGAUGGUAGGCCAGGGGUAGACGGGGUGAAUGGUGUGGACGGUGUGGAUGGUAGGCCAGGGGUAGACGGUGUGGAUGGUGUAGAUGGACAACGUGGAGAGAGAGGAGAGAGGGGAGAGAGAGGACAAGGAUUGGACACCAGAAUGAUAGAAUCAUUAAUGGCACAAAAUAGAGCGUUAACAGAAGUAGUACAUCUACUCGCGGGACUACUCCCUCAACCUUUACCACCCACGGUUGAGGAGGCUUUAAGAGGGCUGACGACGGCUAGUGCUAUGGAGGGGGCCGAAAAUCCUAGAUCAACUGUCGUCACCACCCCUCGUGGCCCUGUCGUCACCACCCCUCGUGGCCCUGUCGUCACCACCCCUCGUGGCCCUGUCGGGAUACUAAUCCUGGGGUCAAUGCUAGGCUCUACACUCACUCUUACCAAUGGCUACAAAGCCAACUGA